UAGCAUCUGUCCCUUUAUUCAGUCUACACAGCCUGGAUGAAGCAGCAUGGAGGUGUGAUCGUCAACAUCAUCGCAGACAUGUGGAAAGGAUUCCCUGGAAUGGGCCACACAGGUGCAGCGAGGGCAGCAGUGGAUAACCUAACCAAGACCCUGGCCAUUGAAUGGGCUUCAUCAGGAGUCAGAGUCAACGCUGUUGCCCCCGGGACAAUCUUCUCCAAAACUGCAAUGGAGAACUAUAAGGAGUUUGGACCUCAUCUCUUUAAGAUGUCUAUUCCAUUUAGCCCUGCUAAGAGACUAGGAGUGCCAGAGGAGAUUUCUUCCGCUGUUUGUUUCCUGCUGUCUCCUGGGGCCUCCUACAUCUCUGGAGCCACACUGAAAGUGGAUGCAGGACAGAGUCUGUACCAUUCCCUGUGGGAGAUACCUGACCACAGCUCAUGGCCUGAAGCUCCAGACGGUGAAAAUCUGGACGCUCUGAAGGAAUUGCUCAAGCCACAAAGCAAACUUUAAUAAAUUCCUUAACAUGCAUGACAACAAAUGGGCAGAUAGCAAAGCUAUACGACCUAUAGAAUGUGAUUUAUUGUAUAUUAAAAAAACAACUGUACAAAUUUGUAUAUCAUUAGUAGGGAGUUAGAGAGAUAUAAAUCAAAGAUUUAUAAUGUACUUAAUGUAUUAAAUAUUAACCUGUUUUUAAUUUCAAUAGUAACACCGUACUUUUUUGCUAAAACAAAAAUAGUGCCUUAAAAACUGGAAACCACUCAUACAGAUUAAAAGUGUUUUACAAUAUAGACAGUCUGUUUGUUUUAAUCUUCAAUU